AUGGAGAGGCUGUUGAUGGAGCGGUUCAUUGAGGAGGAAAGCGUCCUUAUCACUGACCCUGCUGCACUUCUCAACAUGACCCAGUCUUGCAAUCGAGAGCACCUCGAUGAAGCCCUCAAAGACCGCUCAACUCUAACGCUCAUCGAGAAGUAUCACGCCUAUGAGGAGAAGGUGCUCAAGGGUCACCUGGGAAAGACAGCUGCCUUAUGGAUGUCAUUUAUUAACCACUGUCAUCUUGUCUUCAUGCUACUCCACUCCGUUAAGACCAACAACAUCCAGUUGUUUCACAAAUGCAAUGGAGAGAUGGCAAAUAUCUUCUUUGCAUUUGAUGGACACAACUACUCAAGAUAUCUGACUUGGCUGGAGGUCUAUCUGACAAACCUGGAGAACACACACCCAGGGGCCAAAGACCUGCUUUCUAAGGGUGGCUUCACUGGACUAUACAGCCAGUUUGGGGCAUACCAGAGGUGGUGUCAAACAACCUCCACACGGGCACAGUUUUAUCAAAAGACCCUUGAGAUGGUGGACCUCAUCAAAGACCCAGACUGCCCAAGGGCGGGGAAACAUCGGGAGCUGGAGAAGGCAGAGGUCAAAAAGGGUGAGGAGGCCAUUCAGCGAACCAUCGUGACAAUUAGGAACUUUAGGAACCCCUUCACCAUCUCAGACAAGGACAGGCUCUACUCCCUGGCUUCUGGUGCUCCUGUCCUCAUGGAGGUCGAGAUGGACGUGCUACAAGCAGAAACUGUGGACAAGGCUGCUAAAGCUGAGUUCAUCAAACGGCUACAGAGCAGAGAGCCAGCUAGCUUCUUUGACCCAAUCAAAAAGAAGAAGCUCAAGACCAUGGAAGCUUGUAACAAAAAGGUCACCCUCACAUCCUCACAGGGAAAGGUCAUCCACCUUGGGACACCAGAUGGGUUUUUCUCCAAGACUAAUAAAGCGGCUCUUCUGCACUACAAUCUGGAGGACACCACCCCAAAGGAUCUGCCAUACCCUAAGGAUGCCCUGUUCAUCCAGGAUGGCAUGGCUCUGCUCCAUGUCCUCACCAACCUUCCCCCAACAUGUGGGGAGAUAUGCCUACAAGUGCUUGAUCAGAUGGUGGCCAAAAAGCACUUUUUGUUCUCGACUGACAGUUACCAUCCAGGAUCUAUCAAAGCACAGGAGAGGUUGAGACGUGGCAGUUCAGAGAAGAUCAUUUUGGCUGGACCAGCAACCAGGAAGCCAUAUGACUUCAAGAUGUUUCUCACAAAUGAUGACAACAAAAAGCAACUCUGCCAGCUCCUGCUGCGAGUAUGGAGUGAUCAACAGGCAGCUUCAAGGCUGGAGAGAACAGAAAUGGCAGUGCUGAUCGUGGAAGGGAGAGCCCAUCAACUUCUCUCCUCAAACGGCAAGGUUGAGGUACGUGAGCUCCCCACAAUCUACAGCAACCAGGAAGAGACUGAUACAAGGGUGGUACUCUACCUUCAUCAUGCUGCUGCCCUUGGGUACAAGAAUGCUGUAGUCAGAACACCUGACACAGAUAUCUUUGUGAUUCUUCUUUACCACGCUCAUGCCAUCAGGCUGACUAUAUACCUGGAUACGGGGUCAGGGAAACAUAGACAACUUCUCAACCUCUCUGAGCUUGCAGAAUCCCUGGGAGAAGACUACUGUGCCACACUUCUUGGAUUCCAUGUGUUCAGCGGAGAAGACUGCACCAGUGCCUUCAAAGGGAAGGGGAAGGUGGGGCCCUUGAAAAAGCUGGAGAAGAACCCAAAGUUUCACAGGGCGUUCAGUCAACUCGGUGACAACUGGAAUGUCAAGCCUGAGGUGCUGAAGCAGUUGGAGCAAUUCACCUGUCUGAUAUAUGGAGAGAGUCGUGAGUCUUCAGUGGACGUAGUCCGUGCCAAGUUGCUGCGCAAAAUGGUGGGGCAGGACGAUAAACUCACUGCCAAGUCUAAGGUUGACCUGGCUCGCCUUCCUCCAUGCUAUGAUGCUCUGAAGCCGCACGUCCAACGUGUGAACCAUCGCGUCGCCCUGAACAAGCGAGCUGAUGAAUCAAUUUUAGAAAAACCAAACCCCUAUGAUGAGGAGCAGGGAUGGAUGAGGACUGAUGGAGUGUUGAGACCGGUGUGGUCCUGUGGUCCUGUCCUGCCAACCUCCCUGGUUGAUCUCCUGGACACGACAGAGCGUGAACAGGAAGAGGAAGAGGAAGAGGAAUUUGACUCUGAUGAUAGCAUUGAAAACGAUGAUUGAGUAUUAAUCAGAUAGUGGAGAGCCAAACCUUGACUGCUUAUCUGGAAUGGGAAAGAGUAGUCACAUCAAUACUUAUAUUAUGAUGUUUGACCCUUGCUGUAGGCUAGUACAAAACAAAUAAAUAUUGGUUAAAUACACAACAUCUGUCUCGACACCUUAUUUGUUCACUUACUGUACUGCAAUAUUGGCGUCUCUUAAUUUGCAUAGCAUGCCACAGAUACAUGUGAUCACUUUGGGAAUAGUUUUAUUGUGAUCUUUGACCAUCAAAACAUGGGUCUAGACACAUUAUUUGUUCAUUUAUCUGCAAUAUUGGCUGAGAUAGAGUGAAAAGUGUGAAAAUUCCGUUUUUGGUAAUGGUGACACUAAUUUGCAUAAAAAAUACAUGUGGGACAUACAGACAACAUUUUAACAUAGCUCAUCAUUUUCUACAUACUUUUUCCACUUAGGAAACACUGAUUAUAAGUAUAUUUCUGUGUCGGUGCAAAAUACACCGUUCUUGGUACAAGACUAAAAUGCUAUUUUCUUGUAAUGGCGGCACUAAUUAGCAUAAUAGCAUGCCACAGACACAUGUGAUCACUUUAAGAAUAGUUUUAUUGUGUUCCUUGACCCUCAAAACAUGGAUCUGGAUACCUUAUUUGUUCAGUUAUCUGCAAUAAUGGCUGAGAUAUAGUGAAAGGUGUAAAAAGAGUGAAACUCGAUUUUUAGGGUAAAUAAACACUAAUUUGGGAAAAAAAUAUACGUGGGACAAUUUGCCAACUUUUUAACAUAGCUAA